AUGGCGUCCCGGCCCCGGACAUCGGUGGCCCUUGUGGUCGUCGUCGUCGUUGCUGCAGCCUGCUGCCGUGCGGACAACGUUGGUGACAAUGAGCUCUGGGCCCUCAUCCGUGCCAACAGGAACAACGCAACGGCGCUGCAGACCAUGGAUGCGCCACCAUGGGUCUCGACGGCCGAGUUCCGGGGCACUAUGGACAUCCUUCAGACCUGUAUCUUGACCCUCUUUGCCUGCGUCUACACGGCUUUGCAUCUCGACGUGCCGGCCAGGACCAACUUCCUGAGCCUGCUGGCCAGAAAGACCAAGUGGGUGUUUACGACCCUCUUUGCGCCAGAAAUGUUUGACUUUGAUCUGAGAUAUGCCUUCUUCGCCGUUAUGGGAGGCGUCAGAAUUGUCCCUGCCGAGGUCGAAAAAUUCCUGGGUGCCAAAGAAAAGCAACAGUAUGCGCGCAGACCUCUACGGCUCACACCAGACGGCGUCAUUGAGCUCGCCAGAAGGGAUUUCUGGAUCUACAUCAGCCGAGAGAGGAUCGACAGCAAGAGCAAAGCAAACACUUUGCAGAAGGCACUUGUUCUGCUCCAAGUCUCGUACUCUGCGAUAACGUGCGUAGCGCGCCGAGUAUACGGUCUUCCACUCAGUUUGCUCGAAAUCCAUACCAUGGUGCAUGUCAUCUCUGCUGUCCUGUUAUAUGCACUCUGGUUCGAGGUGAGAUCUGACCACCCUGAGCCGAAAAACACUUUGGCCGCCGAACUUGUAUAUCACAAGGACUGGGAUAAUACGAUUGGUGCCAUGAUACAACGGUCAACCUACGUACUCGAAUGUUAUGACGUUGCAGUUCGCAAAGUGUCACAACAAGCAAUCCCAGACAACACCAACCCGGCCGAUCAAUUCUCAUCCAGCUCCUCUGUUCCAGGCCCCGGGGGCAUCCAUCUUGGCCAUUGGCAUUUCUCGUUGCGUCGCUCGGAUUCUGAGCCAAUGCAGUUGUCCAGCCAGACCGUGGCGCGAUGGAAGGCGAUGGCAACCGAACUCGACAAAUUCUGCAGAGAGCGCCGGGACUGGGACACGAAGUUGACGUCGGGCGAGAUGAUUCCCCUCCGUGAGGUGAUGUGGGAGUUCCCUAAUGCCCUGGAAAAGACCAAGGAUCUUGGCUCCUUAACCGACACUUUGCUCGAAGCAGCCUCUCCCGGCCCCCUCAUGCCCUUGGGCAUUGCACUCCCUGGCAUAUACGGCGGUGUGCAUUUGAGCGCCUGGCAUUUCGAAUUUCCCACAUUCGCGGAGCACCUGCUGUGGAAAAUCAUGUGCUUCAUCAUCAUUGGGGCCGUCCCAACGUUACUUGCAACGCUAGUUGGCCUGCUUGCCACUUCUUCCAACGACGACGGAGAGUGGCAGUGGGUCUGUUACGCGAGUGUUGCAGUCAUCGUUGUUAUUUGCUCCGGAUGUGCGAGAAUUUACAUUGUGCUGGAAUCAUUCAUCAGCCUGCGGAGGGUGCCAAUUGGGGUUUACUACACUCCGGCAUGGCUUCAGAUGAUCCCACAUGCCUGA